UCUGUUCUUCGUUUGUUAGCCAUUUAGCUAGCUGAGCAAGAAUACACGAGAGGUGUCUUGUAGGUUACCUUGGUCAAAAUAUUCCCAGAAUACAGCGUGAUAUUUUCAAAAGGAUGGCGGAUAAGAAGCCGGCAACUACUUCAGGGGCAAAUUUCAAGUUUAAAUCAAAGAUACUUUUAUUAACCCCAGAGGGAAUUAACAUGUAAGUCAAAUCAUUGUAGUGAUCGGGCUGAUAUCUAAAAUGUUAUUUUUUUUCAAUCCAAAGAAGUUGUCUAUGGUUGGUUAGUUGUUUAGUAGUUGCAGCUUUGGUGGCUAGCAGGUAGUAACUCACAAAUAUAUACACACUUUAAAAAGUAAAAGGUUCAUUAUAUAUUUAUAUUGAAACAUAUGCGCAUAAAAUAUAACGUUUUCUCCUGUGUCAUGUGGUGCAAGUCUGUUCCAUUGAACCGUUUUCUUUGACCAAGGAAGGACAGUGUCUUUGUAAGCAAGGCGCCUGGCCUCGCAAGGCCAGGUGAAACACCCCCAAAGUCUCUGGGCAAUGCCAUAUUGGAUGCCAUGUUUCAUGCUACGAAAGGGCGUGAGAAAAAAACACAUUUACUGAUUUAUAUCAAAUGGUUAAAAAACUUCCACCAAUAAUAAACGUUGUUAUUUUACACAUUUACUUCUUCACUCUUGGCGGUGAUGAAAGGGAAUCUGAUGUGCUUGUCAUUUUGCUGGAGUUUGCAAUCCCUGGGAUUUUUUACCCUAAUGGCCAUCUGUUGGUAAGGUCUUAUUUGAACACAAAAAUAAUGCGUACUUGCAAUGAUUUAGGUACGUACUGCCCCCUAUCAUCAGGGAAAAUAAACACUCUCAUUAAAAACAUUGAAAAGUCUAAAAGCUGUUAACUCCCGUGCAUAUCUUGGCUUCAUUGGUACACAAUGGGGCAUUAUAAUUAUAAAUCAAUUGAGUUUUUUUUACAUUAGACCAAAAUGAACCGAAACAUUUACUAUGAGCACUGUGAUGUAUUAUUUUUGUACAUUUAAUUGCAGCACUAUGAUCAUCAUCAAGCUAAGCUGUUUAAAAGAGCUUAUCAUUUUGUAAUGUGGUGUGAGAAAAUCUAUUUCAUGUUUUAAGCAGUUUUCAUCACAAAUAUGUGCAGCUUUUGGUGUUUUAUUCAGAGUGAUGCUUUUUGGUAGCUGAAACUCUAGAAGGCACAUAUUCUGACUUCUAUUGAGAAUAUUGACCCUAACCCUAAAUAGUUCAAAGUUGGUGCCAAAGCCGUUUUAAACGAGCUAUCGCCAUCUUAGUUUCGCUCAGUGUCAAUAAGAAUCCGCCCACCAAACUGAGAGUGCUGUGAUUGGCACGCCACCAGACUGGUUAUGGGCUCCAGAGGUUCCAGUGGAGCGUGGCUAGACCGACAUGCAGAGCAAAAUCAUUUUGCUUCUGCUACCGUCUGUCUAGAUUUCUAGACUGGGGUCCUCAGCUUGUUGCUUACUUUUUAUUAGAUCAAAACUGAUUUUUAUUAAUCAACUUUAUUAUCUAUGAGUACACCACUGUUUCAGUGUCACUAAAAAGGAGCUGCAAUGGGGCUUAUAUGAUUUGAUGUUUUAAAUCUAAUUGUAGGUUUGGUUUGUGAUUUGCUUCGAACUAUCCUGAAAGACGGUAGACUUCCAUGGCUUGAGUUGUCUUUCUCCUGGAUCUCCAGUACAUAUACGGAACAAACCAAGUGAAAAAGUUAAUAUGUGAUGGACCUUUGCAUGAGUUUUGGUAUAGUUGAUGUUGCUCCCCACCCCCCAGGCCUGUGACUCAUGUGGGUGUUGGGCUGAAAUAGUUUGGUGUAGUUUUACAUUCCUUAUAUAGCCUCUAAGGAUUGAGGAGAGGCUGAAGGCUUGCCUGUGUCACACGUAGCAGCAGCAGAGGCAGAAACUGCUUGUCCCAGCAGAUCACUGACUCCGGCUUUCUCCCAGGUUGGCGCUACCAGCUGGUCCUUAAGCAUAAGGCUAUGAACAUGUACACUGUCACCCUGAGCGGCCCAGCACCUUGGGGCUUCAGGCUGCAGGGGGGCAAGGACUUCAGCAUGCCCCUCACCGUGUCAAGGCUCACACCAGGUGGAAAAGCAGCUCAGGCUGGAGUAGGUGUGGGGGACUGGGUGGUCUCCAUCAGUGAUGCCAAUGCUGAAGAAAUGACCCAUGUGGAGGCACAAAACAAGAUUAGAGCAGCAACAGACUCCCUCACCCUCACCCUCAGCAGAGCUCCCAAAGAGGCUGAUGGGAAGGACUCGCUUUCUGCGUCCUCUGUUCAGCCAAAGUACUUCUUUGUCCCAAGCACGACCAUUAACAACAUGGCAAGGCCAUUUGCAGCAGGUGGUACUAGUGCCAACUCAGGACCCAUUAUUAAACCAGUGGCCUAUGCGCCUAAACUAAACGUUGCAAGCUCACAGGGCCGUGCCAGCACUCUGCAGCCACAGAAUGGCCUUGAGCCAACUUCAUUCUCUGCCAAGACCCAAGCUUCAGAUAAACCAGAUGAUUCCAAGACCACUGCAGCACCAACAAGAGGGGGUUCCAGUAUGUCCUGCAGACCACCAUGGGUCACGGACCCUAUAUUUGCAGACCGCUUUCACCCAGACAAGACCAGCACCGUGGUGACGCAGCACCAGCAGCCUGUCCAGCCAACACCCAUGCAGAACCGCAGCUCCAUCCUUCAGGCAGCGCAGCAGGCGCCCGAGGACAGUGGCAGAACCCCAGUAUGUGGUUCUUGCAACAAAAUCAUCAGGGGUCGGUACCUGGUGGCCCUGGGUCAGUCCUGGCACCCAGAGGAGUUUACAUGCUCUCAGUGUAAGGCAGUUCUGGAGGAAGGGGGCUUCUUCGAGGAGAGAGGAUCUGUCUACUGCACAAAGUGCCAUGAUAACCGAUAUGCUUCGACCUGUGCCAAGUGCAAGAAGAAGAUUUCUGGAGAGAUCAUGCACGCUCUGAAGAUGACCUACCAUGUUCAAUGUUUUAAAUGUGCUGCCUGCAAAGUUCCCAUCCGGAAUCAGGCUUUUUACAUGGAGGAGGGUGAGCCAUACUGUGAGAGAGACUAUGAAAAAAUGUUCGGCACCAAAUGCCACGGAUGCGACUUCAAGAUUGAUGCCGGUGAUCGUUUCCUGGAGGCCUUGGGCUACAGCUGGCAUGACACAUGCUUCGUCUGUGCUCUCUGCCAAAUCAACUUGGAGGGGAAGACGUUCUACUCCAAAAAGGAUAAGCCCCUGUGCAAAGGCCAUGCUUUCGCUCAAGUGUAAGAGAGCCAGCUACAUCUUCAGAGGAAGAAACGCUUCUCCCUCCACCUCCUUUUUAUCCCUCCCCACCCUCUGACAAACUCUACACCUCCCAUUUUGCCAGCCUCAGAGUUCAGCACAAACUUCUUUCUUCCACGUUGCAGACUUUUUUGUACUCAAGACUUAUAGCAUUAUCCACUUUUAUGCUUUUUGUGUAUCACUUUUCUCACUGCAGAACCUUUGCUGUUGAGAAGAAACAUGGUGGCUGGGUUUCUGCUCAAGUGGACUCCCUCUUCACCAAAAAAAAAAAAAUAUAUAUAUAUAUAUAUAUAUAUAUAUAGUGAAGAAUUGAUCCUCUUAGAGCUUAAACCUAAAUAGGUGUAGAAAUCAUUACACUGUCAGAUUUGAGUGAUAAAUGAAGAACAUUCACAAUCCUGCAAUGAGACAAAUUCAUUGAAACUGUGUGAAAUAUUUAGGUGUCAAACCAUCCCAGUGGCGUCUCUGGCAUAAUUUGAUAGGUGGGGCACAAAAACACCACAGCUAUGACACACACACACACACACACACACACACACACACACACACACACACACACACACACACACACACACACACACACA